UAUGGUCAUCUACGUAUGCUCGUCCGGUUUCAUGUCAACGUUCUGCGUAUCCUGCUCGGAAAUCAUAAUUGACAAGUGCAGGAACGAAGUCGUCGUACAACAAAUUCACGCGAAUAUGUGUUGGUAAUAGUAAAGUGGCAAUAGCAACACCGAUAUUUAGUAGUAAUAGUAACUGUAAUGAAGGUAAUAUCAGUGGCGACUACAGUGGUAGUAGUAGUGAUGACGGUGAUGGUGGUGGUGCUAGUGGAGAUAAGUGCGGGGGACUGAAUGCAUAUCAACGAAUUUCAUGUCCCACGAAACACUUUCUCGUGGUUCACGUCGUAGAGAAUGUGCGGUGUAAUCUAAGGUGUCGUGAAUUUGACGAUUGGUACAAUGUUAAAGGAUUAUUCGCCGAUUGUACAGGCGCUCCUAGGAACGUUAUUUACAUGGGCUCUCACUGCAGCGGGUGCCGCACUUGUCAUCGUGAUUCGAGGAAAGCAACGUAAAUUGUUGGACAUCAGCCUGGGAUUUGCGGGCGGCGUAAUGAUAGCGGCAAGUUACUGGUCGCUACUGGCACCUGCUAUCGAAAUGGCGACAAAGAGCAAAAUUUAUGGUGCUGAAGGCGAAUACGCGUUCGUACCAAUCGGAGUUGGAUUUCUCAUAGGCGCGGCUUUCGUUUAUGGGACGGACGCGUUGAUAUCUUCCCUUGGCAUUCAGUCCCCCAAUGUGCUUUUAGCUAUGCAGUCAGUCGGUACGAAACAAAGACGCAAGAUCCUUGCAAAACUAAAGAGUGACGAGGAUUUAGACGAUUAUGAUCCGUAUAACGACGUACAGAUAUCUGAUGGAAAAAUGUAUACUCAAAUUGAAUCGACAACCAUCGAUGGUUUCUAUGAGCAAAAUACCCGAAGACGCCAAAUUGCGAAUAUAAAUAGGCCAACAGAGCAAGGAGAAAUAGGCACAAUUUACGAUGAUCCCAACAACGAAUGUAGAAACAAUCAAUGGAAAAGAGUUUUGUUAUUGGUUGUUGCUAUUACGGUACACAAUAUUCCAGAAGGUCUUGCAGUUGGAGUAGGAUUCGCAGCAGUAGGUAACAGUGCAUCAGCAACUUUUGAAAAUGCAAGAAACCUCGCAAUCGGAAUCGGUAUUCAAAAUUUUCCCGAGGGAUUGGCGGUGUCUUUGCCCCUACAAGCGGCUGGAAUCAGCACAUUGAAGAGUUUCUGGUACGGGCAACUGUCGGGGAUGGUGGAACCUCUGGCCGGCGUCCUUGGCGCAGCCGGAGUGACGUUCGCUGAACCCAUGCUACCUUACGCGCUCGCCUUCGCAGCCGGUGCAAUGAUCUAUGUCGUGAUCGACGAUAUUGUUCCGGAAGCGCAUCAAAGUGGAAACGGUAAACUCGCCAGCUGGGCCGCCAUCGUUGGCUUUUUGGUAAUGAUGUCCCUAGACGUCGGAUUAGGGUAAAACGAUUGGUCGUGCGAAAUUGAGAGGCGUUCAUCCAGAAUGAAUGCCAAAAUCGAUUUUGUUCGUUCGCAAGUCGACGCGUAUUAUUAUUUUUCAAGUAUUAACUCGAGCAAUUCCUAAGAAUUUGUCUUUUAUCGCCGCUCUUUCGAAAUAUAGCGGUAUCGGUCGAAGCUGAGGUUCAACAAACCUGAGCUUUUUGCCGAGCGAAAUGUUUCUAGUUCAAUCAAGCUAGCGUGUCCCAAUUAUCGUCAAAAUUAUCCAACUGUGUCUUCCAACAGUCUAGUCUUUGUUGAUCCGAUUCGAGAGUCAAUUAUCAUAGAUGAAUCAGGCGACGAUCUACGACGAUUAAGCUUUACAACGUUCUAAGUCGAAUUUGAUGCGACGAUACAAUCAUCGUUUCUACCCCUUCCCCCUUUUCUCCCUUCGCCCCUUAUCGUCUCGUUCUACAUCGGUAAAUACGAAAUAUCGCGCGAUGACACGAAAAUAUCGGAAUUGGCGAUUCGUCAAGGAUCGAAUAGACGUUGAAUCUUGUAUUUGGGGCAAAAAUUCAUAACGGUUAACGAUGAUUCGCCUGUAAUUUCGUUACGCAAGAUUCCACUUGUAUAGCUUUCUUUCUUUCUUUCUUUCAUUCUUUCCUUUUUUCGUUGUUUCGAACGGGGAUUAUUCUGUUCCCGCGAAUAACGCGCGAGCAACGUCGCAAUCUGAAAAUGUGUUUCGCACGACAAUCGUUUGAUACAUGUUAGAUAAUAGACGCACGCACGUACAUUAUAAUUCUAUAUCCUAUCCGAUCGGUUUGUCGUUCUUGUCGAUCGACUCGAAAACUGGAACGAGUAAAACAGUACAAUCGACGCGUCGCUAUAUUACCUUAAUACAAUUAGAUAUGUAACUAUAAGUUUACAACUGCCAUCUUGCCAUCUUUGUAUAAUAUUUCUCUUCUACCAAAAACGAGUAAUCGUAACGAAGAGCUCUUCUCCAUGUUACCAACUAUUUAGUUUUAUCGAUCUACCGUAGUACCGCACCAGGUAACGGAAUACUCAUCGAUCAUGUUUCGUUUCACGCUCGGCGCUCAACACUUUCUUGUAAAAUAAAAAUACUAUUUUUUCGUACAUAAUAAAUUCAUACGUAGAUAUAA